GCGGGUGAACCUUCACAUCAACAAGUACAACAACACUGCCAGGUUAAUUAAGUGUCGGGGCCGCGGGUGUUACUACACGUACUGUCAUCCAGGGUUAUUAUGUCUCUCUUAAUAGACUCGUUAAUCACCUUCUGUGAUGUAACCACCAUAGGUCUGUGUGGUUUCAUGAAGGUGCCGCAAAUAUUGACUAUGGUGAAGGCCAGGUCAGUCAAGGGGCUCAGCUUAGCCAGCUUACUGCUAGAACUUACCAGCUACACCAUUAUGCUGAGCUACAACGUGUAUUCAGCUUAUGCUCUCAGCACAUACUUUGAGUACCCAUUAAUGGUUCUUCAAGAUGUAGUGAUGGUGGCAGUGUUUCUGGCAUUCACUGGUCAACUCUCACCUACAGUGAUUCUCCCUACAGCUGCUGCCUCCUAUUUUGCUUACUCUAUAGUGUCUGGCCAACUUCCUGAUACUCUUAUUAAAACAUUAGUGGGGCUGUGCACACCUAUUUCAGCAAGCAGCAAGGUAGUAGCAUUAAUAACUAUCAUCCGGGCCAAGAACUCUGCCACUGUCUCUAUCCCAUCGUGGACCAUCUCAGCAUACACUUGUGUUACUCGGAUCUUCACAAUCUAUGUAGAGUCUGCAGACCCGGCCCUGUUGAUGAACUUUUGCACCUCCUUUGUUCUGAACAUCUUCAUCAUCAUUGCUGCUGCCAUGUACAAACCAAAACAGAAGAAGAAUUAGAAUUUAAGAAAAUCUGACAGAGAAACUUCAUUCAUUUCAAGGUAGUGACUAAUUAAAUAUACAGUUAAAUGUACAAGAAAGAAGAAUUACUGGUACUAAAAUAUAUGUACUAAAUGUUGAUGCUGCAUUUAUUGUUUUGUUUUUUGUAUAAGUAUAUAUAUACUAGUAGUAAAUAUAGUUUAAGACUUGUUGAUAUCAUUCCAUACUUGGUGAAGCAACUGGUGCUCAAGCUCACCACUGCAGUCUGUGUGACUUAUUACUACUUUAAUCUCCUCCAUAUAAUUACUUACUAUUUUUGUUGCAGCUGAAGAACUUAAACAUCAUUUAUAGCUUUGUUUGCCAGAAGUCUGAGCAGAUUAUUUUGUUUACUGCUUUAUGUCCCCUGCUUGAAGAGACAUUAGUAAUAAUGUAUAAUAAACAAAUGACAAUAAAUAACCCAAAUUUUGCUUUAAAAAUAUUGUAAGAGUAAUUUUUUUUUAUGCUGUGUCAGGAGUUUUGCCAUUGAUAUUAAACAGGAAGCACAAAGACAGUAAUAUCUGUGAGAUAUGUAUUGUAGGAAUCAUAAAAAAAAAGUUGCAGGAAUAGAAAGUUGGUAGUGUAUAUGUAUAUACAGUUACUAGAAGUUCUCUUAGAAUUAUCUUGGCAACCAAUAGAGAGGGAAAUGUAUAUUAUUAUUCUAUAUACUGUG